GAACGAAAAAUACCACAGAAACUCAAUACCGCAUCUGAUUUUAUCAGGGACAUGUAUGACCUAAAUAUUUCCAUUUGUCAAGGCUAAAGAGCAUUUCGCAGGUCUGUAGGCUAGCUACAUUUUGCACACUCGACCGCGGCACAUUUUUGUCAACGGAAAUGAUGAGAGAGUCAGUAGUUCUUUCCGUGUCUGGGUUUCCUUCCUGAAACUUUGCGGAGGUCUGUUGCACUUUUUCAACAUGAGAGAGGCAGCAACGGGCUUUUUGGCUUGCAGUAAUUCACAGCUGUGCUGGUUACUGCAAUGAAUGGUGACACUAUCCAUCCUGCCACGACCUCAGCUUCCCUAGCAGCGCCCCCCAGUGGCUGGAGGGAGUUCUGCGAGCUGCACGCCAUCGCCACGGCCCGUCAGGUGGCCUCUCACUACCGGCUCUACGCCAGCGAGCACCCCGACCAGGAUGCCCUGUCUCCAGACGUUCUCGCUCGCCACUUCUGCCUCCUCUUCCAGCAGCACUUCCACUGCGAGGCCGCCAAACUCCCGCCGGCGCGGCCAGCGGUCUCGACUCCGCCCCCCUCCCGGCCUGUCCCCACUGCCGCAGCCGCCCCCCUGAUAGGACGGCUACGCAUCACUUCCUUCUCAGGGGCGCUGGAUUACAGGGAGGCGGGGCGAUCUGCCGGCCCCUCCCUCUUGGCUGUUCUCUCCUCCAAGGCGCAGGCUGGUCCGGGGGGGCGGGAGGCAGAGCCGCGUGCGCCGGUCCUACGCAGCCGUAGUCAGGAGGAACUGAGGCCGGCAGCGGGGCGCCUCUCCCCCGCCUCAUCCCCCUCCUCCUUCCCCCCGCAGGUCACUCACUUUCCCGUGAACCAGAUACGGCAAAGCGUACUCCGUCUCUUUAAGAAAGAGCCCCUCCCCCAGGUUCCACCGGCCAAUCCCAACGGGCCGGCGGCACCGUUGCCGGGAGACAGAGUCGGCGUGGCGGCCGUGGAGGAGGUGAGGCCCCUGAGCAGCGCCUACGAGGCCAAAGCCCCUGGCCCCUCCUCCUCCUCGCCGGCUCAGCACUUCCUGGAUCGCCUGGCGAGCCGUAUCCGAGGCGGGAGCAGCAGGCGGCGGACGGAGGGGCAGGCCUGGCAGCUCAGGUACCUGCUGGAAGAUGAGACCAUCUCAGACAGCCAGCCUCACUGGCAGCGCUGCCGGCUCAAGGUCAGGAGGACCACAGACGGUCUGGGAGAAGGAGGGGGAGGGGGAGGAGGAGGAGGAGGAGGAGGUGGAGGAACUGGAGGAGGAGGAGGAACCGCCCUCGCUGACAGGGCGUUCCUCGAGCUGGAUCAAAAGGUUCGGGACGUGUACAAAGGAAAAUGA